CUCUCCUAAAUUUCUGCUGAUUACACGAAUCUAUUGCCUCAUUCAAACACACUUCUUGUGAUGACAACUAAAGUUGUGUUGCCCAUCUAAACAAGAUUCACACCACCUAAUUUCCUCAACGCUAAGAAACGGACAUCCUUCUUGAAUCAACUUUCUCUCCCCCGGUUUUUCUACCCAUUGUACUGAUGAAAUACGCUUGUGUUGUUCCACAACAGAAAGUGCAUGAAACUGAUAAGUUUUUGCAUUGAGUCCGGCAGAUACAGAGUCGAACAACGAACAAAGGGUUUUGGGUUAAGCAGAAGAUGUUGCACGAUGCGUCCGAGUCGGAUUUCACAAGCAUUGGCCCGUCGUCCUCCUCUCCCAACGCCUACUACGUGCAAAGCCCGUCUCGCGACUCCAAUGAUGAGACGGAUAAGUGCUCGUCCUCUAAUAGCCGCAGCCCUUUGGACUCGCCUUCUUUUCCGAGGCACUCAAUGGCGUCCUCGUCAUCCACAGCCGCCAGCCGCAUUUCUGGAAAUCGGCGGAGGUGGAACAAGCACUACUGCGAUGUUGUGGCUGAGGAGGACGGCGCUCUUGAUGAGGAUUACUAUGGCGAUAGAGCCUAUUCCAGGCAAUGCAAGUGGUUGAUGGUUGUCUUGGCUUUUGGGCUGCUUUUUUCUGGGAUUUGUUUGGUCAUUUGGGGAGCCAGCAGGCCUUACAAAGCUCAAGUUCGCGUCAAGAGCUUAAGAGUUCACAAUCUGUACUACGGGGAAGGGUCGGACAGGACUGGUGUUCCGACCAAGUUCCUAUCACUGAAUUGUUCUGCCACUAUUGUCAUCUAUAAUCCUGCAAGACUUUUUGGCAUUCAUGUCAGCUUCCGCGCUGCUAAUCUCAUCUACUCCCAAAUCACUGUUGCAACUGCUCAGCUGAAGAAAUAUUACCAACCAAAAAAGAGCAGAAGGAUUAUGCAGGUGAGUCUGGUAGGGCAAAGGAUACCUCUGUACGGGUCGGGGAUGGCCCUGGCAGCCUCUGAUGCCAGCGGAGGCAUCCCAUUCAAAUUGGAGUUGGGGAUUGAGUCGAGAGGGUAUCUGGUGGGCAGGUUGGUGAAGACAAAGCACACAAGACGUGUCUCCUGUUCCUUAGUCAUCAAUUCUCAACACACCCAAGACAUCAUUUUUGAGACGAACUCAUGCAAAUACACAUGACAACUGCCGACGCACACUUCUACCUACACUUGGGAGAUAGAUCGUAAACCAAUUGCCAGUCGUAUAGGUGGGUUAGCAAUGUCAUCUUAAGUCGGGAGCUCUAGUUAUAUGGACAAAAGAAUAUUUGAGGUGUUGUCAAGUGUUGAUUAUAACAGGUGUCUUGUCGGGAUAAAUAUGGUUUUGUUAAGAUAAUUGAAUGUGAU